UGUGAUUUUUGACUUAGUUGCUGGUUUUUUGAAAGUCUUUACCUUCCCUUCUGUUAAUAUUUAUAUUUUUUCCCGCGGAGCUUGUUAGGUAGACCACUGUCUCUUGCAGGAGGUAAUAAUUUGGCUCAUUUUGGAUUCUCUCAGUCAGUCCAUGGCCGAUCAGCAUGAGUCCGUCAGCCUCAGUCCUCCCCAGGCGGACCAUGCAACAGCUGCAGGACACAGCUGGUUCCCUGGCCCACCUCCACCCAUGUAUUCCUGCACCUUGACCCCUGAACUGGUGGCCAAAGCACGGGAAGAGCUCCAGGAGAAGCCCGAGUGGCGCCUACGAGAUGUCCAAGCACUGAGAGACAUGAUUCUUAAGGAACAUCCCAAUCUCAGAACCCGACUGGACGAUGCCUUCCUCCUGCGCUUCCUGCGGGCCAGGAAGUUCGACUAUGACCGCGCUCUGCAGCUGCUGCUCAAUUACCACGCGGGCCGUAAAACUUGGCCGGAGGUCUUCCAGGACCUGAAGCCAUCCACGGUCAAACACGUCCUGGACCUGGGCUUUCUCACGGUCCUGCCGAGACCCGAUCCCAACGGCAGAUACAUCCUCUUCCUCCGGCCAGGAAAAUGGAAGCCAAACGACUAUCCGUUUGUGGACAAUGUGCGGGCUCUUUAUCUGACUCUGGAGAAGCUGAUCCAGCCGGAGGAAACGCAGGUGAACGGGUUGGUCAUCCUAGCCGACUACACUGGGGUGGGAAUGUCGCAAGCCUCCAAUCCAGGUCCUUUUCUUGCCAAAAAAAUCGUGAGCAUCCUCCAGGAUGGUUUUCCCAUCAGAAUCAAGGCCGUUAACAUAAUUAACGAGCCCCGGAUUUUCAAAGGCAUCUUUGCUAUAAUCAAGCCUUUCCUGAAGGAGAAGAUGGCAGAGAGGUACGUCCUGCACGGGUCGGACCUGCGCUCUCUGCACCGGAACAUCCCGCCGUCGGUUCUGCCAGAGGAAUACGGCGGCACCGCCGGCCGGCUGGACAUGAGCGCCUGGUCAAGGCUGCUGCUGGACUGCGAGGAGGAGUUUGUGGUGGAGUUCUGCCAGCCGGAUCCACUAGAGGGCGUGGUGCUCCCAGACUCCAUGCUGUGUGAAGGGGAGCAGGCAGGAGGACGGGAGGAGGACGGCUUCAGGGCGCUGCGCUCUCAACUUUACUACUGCUACUGACGCUCACACAGCCACAGGACUUCUUCUGUUUCAUCUGAAACAAGAGCGGAAAUUUUUAUAGGGCAAGUUGCCAAUAUUCCACAUGAUUUAUUUUACUAACUAAACAGCACUACACUAUUUAAAAUAUGCUCAGUUUUAGAAGAAGUCCAGCAUUCAGGCACUGCUCCAAGGCAGCUCAUUCGGUGUGUUCACUCUUCAUUUUAUUACCUUCACUGAUAGUUGUGUGCUUGGAUGGUACUUGUUUAUUUAAUGAUCUCACACUUUACAAGAACACAAAAUCCUACCAAGUAAUUUUGUUCUAGUUUCUAGUGCAAAUGUCGUAAUAAACUAACUUGUAAGUAAC